AGUGGACAGUGGGCACGUUCAGCAGACCAAGCCGCUGAGUAGCAGUCGAACGUGAUUGGCUCUUACUUUUAGAACCAACCAAUCAACGCAGAGUGUUGAUAAGACGAACUCAACAGUUGUGUCUGCUGAACACGGCCAAUGACUUCCAAUCGCGCAAUGCGCAUGCGCCAAUAUCGUCAUUGCUAUGGUUACCGUUGGGGAAGAGAUGUAUGAUGUAUGAUGUUGACCACGUGACACUUGGAUGUCAUCGAACGCAAGUGAUAAGUGAACAAAUUUAUUUGAAAAAAAGUUAUAGCUUAAUUUAAAGAAUGCCAAAUCCAUAUUGCCUGUUAUGUGGGAACCGAGAUAAAUCGGUUUCUUAUUAUACAUUUCCGAAAAACGAGAAAUCUCGUGAGAAGUGGCUAACUUUUUGUGGCAUUGAUGAGCGAGUUUUAAACACAGCUACUAAACUAUGUUCGAAUCAUUUUCAAAAAGACGAUAUAAUACACAAAGCUAAUAAGGGUACGUUUGUUAAGCCCAAUGCUGUGCCAUCUAUUAUCAGAAAGAAGAACGUGCGUCAACAUUCGAGUUUAAUCGUGGGCGAAGAUUGUCUGAAAAAAUUGAAAAGUUGCCACGAUGAAACUAUUGACGACAUAAGUUUUGACAAUGUAGAUGUCAAGAAUGUUAACUUGGAUGAUGGAACUGUUACUGAUAAAAUCGUUUAUGACAAAAUCGUUGAUGACAUAAGUUUUGAUAAGGUAGACGUUGACAAUGCCACCUUUGAUAAUAUAACUGUGGAUGUGGACAAGGGAAACUUCGAGUUUGUAUCUGUCGACGAAGAUCCCACUAUAUCAUUAGAAGAAACUUGUGCAAUAGUAAAUCGUGCAUCUACACUGCCGAGUUGUGAAACUAUUCAAUGCUUCCAAACACCUGUCAAAGCUGCACGUACUCUUCGGUACAUUGGUGACAUUACAAUUUCAGAUCUUGAUACACCUAAGAAAGCUGAAAGAGCUUUAGAGUUAGCAAAACGAAUCAUAGCAAAACAACAAAGAAAAAUUAAAACUUUACAGCAAGCUCGAAACAGAUUGACUACGCGCAUAACGUUGUUGAAAGGACUUAUAAAACAUUUGAAGCAGAAAGCUGUCGUAAACGACUGUUGACAAUUUAUGGUAAUUUAAAAUAUAUAAUAGUGAUAAUUAUAUACUAGAGAUCCUUAAGCAGAGAUCAGACAAACCCGUUAACGAUUUCUGAUUGUCAUCCAUCCACCUUACAAGAGAGAAAGAUAUGUAAAAUUAACCAAGAAAUCCUAGCCGACCUAGCCAUAAGUGUUCGUCAAACCUAGAGCUCAGAAUACCCUGCAGGCUACAGGUAUCCAGGGAUCCAUCCAGUCGCCCGUUACCUGUUGUAUACAGAUCUGGACAAGUUCUGCGGGUAUCCAGAGACACGUCGAGUUAGGUACUCAUACGAUAUGGGUACCCGAAUUAUCCGGAUAUUCGCAAACGCGGUCUAGAUCCAUAUACAACGGGCAAGCGGGCGGGUACCCGGAUACCCGGUUAUCCGGUUCUUUUUUCGAGCUCUAAUAUUUAUUUAAUAAUCUAAAUGAACCGCCGUCAAAAACGUUAUAUCCGGUUUGACCUUACGACAGCACAUUGUCCGAUCUCUGGUUAAGGAUCUCUAAUAAUUACGACUCUGAGAAGUUCAAGCAAUUCUCAGUGUGCUGAAUGUUACCAAAGGAAAUUUGUAACAUCUUUUAUAUAAAUCAUGGUCGCGUAGUUUUAAUUGUAGAACGUGUAUAUUUUAAUAAAUAAUUAAAUAUCUGAA